GAACAUAACAAAACGAAAAACAAAUAAAAUUGUAAACAUGGAUUGAGUGUACCAGUAUCACCAGCCACUGUCUUUCACUACACACUUUCUCUUUUAAGAAAAAAAGAAAUGAAAGAUUGCUUGCGACAUGUAAUGAAAGAAUAACGUAAGGAAACAAUUCUAAGACAUGGAUCCAGACUGCAGAUCAAGUGAGAAUCGAAUGAAACAAGCUCUAAAGGUGUUAUCUUCUGAGGUGCAAGAUCUCGUUGGCUGGAUAGACAGCGUUGAUGCUCCCCCAGACCCGCUGACUUUCAACAGAAAUUGGGUGGCUCAAAAUCGUCCUCUAAUUAUCAACAACGCCUUUGACCAUUGGCCAGCCCUGAACAAAUGGACAGACAAAUACCUCAGGGACAAGAUUGGAGAGGUGCCAGUGACGGUUGCCGUGACCCCAAAUGGUUACGCUGACGCAAUCAACGGAAACAGAUUUGUGAUGCCCGAGGAAAGGAAAAUGUCCUUGAGUGGUUUCCUUGACAUCCUUUCUAGUCCUGACAAAGACAGGACCAACGGUGUUUUUUAUAUCCAAAAGCAAAACUCAAAUCUUGAGGAUGAGUUUUCAAGUAUCAUGGAAGAUGUGCAUCCUUUCAGCUGGGCUGAAGAAGUUUUUGGGAAAGGUCCCGAUGCCACAAAUUUCUGGAUGGGGGACGAAAGAGCUGUCACAUCCAUGCACAAAGACCCCUAUGAGAACCUGUACUGUGUGGUGUCCGGACACAAAGACUUCCUCCUUCUGCCGCCCACCGACCUGCCCUACUUGCCCUACGAAAAGUACCCAGCUGCCUCCUACAAAGAAAAUGAGGAUGGAAAAUUUGAAAUUAUUGAUGAAGUGGACAGCCCUGAGGUACCCUGGAUCAACAUCGACCCUCUGAACCCUGACCUUGAGAAGUAUCCCAACUACGCCAAAGCUCAGCCCAUGACGUGCAGGGUCAAGGCCGGACAGAUGCUCUACCUGCCGUCUCUCUGGUUUCACCACGUGCGGCAGUCGCAUGGAUGUAUCGCUGUGAACUUUUGGUAUGACAUGGUGUUUGACUUCAAGUGGGCGUACUUCAGAUUUCUGGAACAACUUGUGUCCAAAGAUUCCCCGUAAGACGAAACGGAUCCAUUUGAAUCUGUGGAUUGACUGACUGCUCCGUUCCGACCAGUGGGGUUGUUGCUUGUGUAUAUAACUGUUGUCCUUACGUCUUUGGUACAAAUAAAUGUCGGACGUAGGAGGUCGAAAAAUUGGAAUUGUAGGUCAUAUUUUACUCCUCCAUCAACUCCUUUUUGGUGAUUUAGGAGUCAGGCUGCCUUGAGCUGGCUGUCGGGGCUGACCUAGGCUGAGAGGGAAGGAUGUGAGAUAGAGAUACCGUGGUUUGAGCUGCUCUUUCGGUUAGGUUAUCUCAUUUUUUUUAUAUAUUGCCAGAUAUUUUCACCCCUCCUUAAAUGAGCUUUAUUUAGUUCCACUUCUAACGUUCUACUUUCUGAAAAUGUUUCCCACCUUUACUUGUGACACUUCGGUGGUUAAAAGUACAGAAUAUAAUUUUAUGCAGUUUUACAAUUUUGUAGGAGAGCCAAAGAACUGCAUGUUGUUACCAAUAAAACAACAUUUGUUGUAAAGUUUUUGUAGACUUUGGGUGUGUGCGAAGUGUUUGUUUACUUGGGAACAACAUUUAGUUUUUUGGCUCUCCCGUCAAAUUAUCAAAACUGCACGUACAUGUACUGUACUUUUUCCAAAUGUCGACACGUCUAUGCCAUUGUGGUGAUGUACGGUGGAGUUGGCUUAAACCAAAGUCUGCGGGGCGGUGGGGAUUCCUUUGGUUUGUUCGCGUUUCCCAUAGAGAGGUUACUCAAACUGAAGACAAAAAUCGGGGAAUUAUUUUCCUUAAGUGAGACUCCUCUGUAUGAUUUACUGACUACUGGCGUGAAAGUGAAAGACGCUUUGUGUGUAAAUAAAGGAUGGUGCCGUUUUGAUCUGUUGAGAAUGAUAGCAAGAACAUUGUGAUAUAAUUAAGAUGAUUUUUCAUAUCUUGUCUACUUCCUUGCCUUUUGUGACUAGUCCUGCUGUUAUGUUUGACAAUAAAUGUCGCAGAUUCUCUCAGUUGUCUUUGUGGCUGAUGGUG